CUAAUUCCUGAUUUGCUGGAGCGAUGGCGCUAAUGUUGCCGUUUUUGAAAGGACACAUUCAUGGCAUUAGCUAUUUCUCCAAAAUUUGGUCUCCUGUCACUUUCAGCAUGGUUGUGGUAAACGCUUUGAUAAAAAUUGACCAUUUGUAUCAAGCCAAGGCCUCCGGCUAAAUAUCAGAUAACCAGCUGUCGUCACAUCUGAGAUCAGAAGCCACAUCAGGCGGCCCUGCAAAAGUUGACUUCUUGGCAAAUCUAGAGAAACGUCCAUCUGUUCCUCCGUUUUAUAAAAGAUGGAUAACUACCAUGUGCUUGAGAUGAUUGGAGAAGGCUCCUUUGGUAAAGUGUACAAAGGCAGAAAGAAAUACACAGGCAAGGUUGUAGCUUUAAAAUUCAUCCCCAAGCUGGGACGUAGUGAGAAGGACCUUGAGAAUCUACGGAGAGAGAUUGAGAUAAUGAGAGAGUUGCACAAUGAAAAUAUCAUUGAGAUGUUGGACAGCUUUGAGACUGAAAAAGAGGUGGUUGCUGUUACUGACUAUGCUGAGGGAGAACUCUUUCAGAUUCUUGAAGAUGAUGGCAGUUUACCAGAGCACCAGGUACAAACGAUUGCUGCACAGUUAGUAUCUGCCUUACAUUACUUGCAUUCGCAUAGAAUCCUUCAUCGAGACAUGAAACCACAAAACAUACUGCUAGGUAAAGGGGGCGUGGCUAAACUCUGUGAUUUUGGCUUUGCACGAGCCAUGAGCAUCAACACAUUGGUGCUUACAUCCAUCAAGGGGACGCCAUUGUACAUGGCACCAGAAUUAGUAGAGGAAAAACCUUAUGACCACACAGCAGACCUCUGGUCCCUUGGCUGCAUCCUCUAUGAGUUGUUUGUUGGAACACCCCCAUUCUAUACAAAUAGUAUCUUCCAACUGGUCAGCCUGAUCAUUAAAGAUCCAGUAAAAUGGCCAAAGAAUAUGAGUCCAGAAUUCAAGGAUUUCCUGCAAGGUUUGCUGACUAAGAACCCAAGAGCUCGCUUAUCCUGGCCACACCUCCUCCACCAUCCAUUUAUAGCAGACAAAGUCCAAGUUUCUCCAUCCUCAAGUUCGGAGCUUCCUGAGCAGCCAUUUACUGAAGAACCAACUCCUCAGCAAAAAGCUGCCAGAGACAAAGCUUCUCGACAGAAGGCCAGUAAUCUACCACCUGGGACUACCAUCAUGCGUAAACUGAAAGGAAGAGAACCACAGAAAGAAGAGUCUCCUCAAAAGCCUGAAGCCUGGACAAACAAGAAAACUGCUAGCAAGCCCAGCAAGGAUUCUACCCCAGGUGCAGCAGGCAAGAGUGAACCAUGGAAUAGUCUUAAGGAGGUUGAACCUACACCUCGAGAGGAUCGCAUCACCAGGGACUAUGCUCAGGAGUUCCCUAGCGUAGAGGUGGAGAGUAGAAAAGUGCUACGAAGGGAGGGUGGGGCUAAAGGCCAGGAGGGCGGAGCUAAAGGCCAGGAGGGCGGAGCUAAAGGCCAGGAGGGCGGUGUAAGGAAGAGCAUUGAGCAGGUCAAGCUCACUGAGGAGGAGGAAUUGGAUAGUGAAGACGAAUGGGAUACGUUGUGUGAUGCAACAACUCCCGAGUCAUGUGACCCAGACUCCGUCGCAGCCCUCCUACGAGAUGAAGUAUUUGUCUCAAAAGUCGCAGCUCGGCUGAAAGACACGUCAGAGCAAGUAUUGGAAGGAAUGCUUGAAGGUGCAUCUCGACUGCGUCUGGUGUACCGAGUUGUCACUAAUAUACUGGAGUUCAGAGGGGAUCUGAAUCUGUUGUCAGCUUUCUGUUCUGCCAUUGAUGUUCCUCAUGGGCCUGUCAAGUUGUUGAGUCAGUUAAAGGACAAGCCAAAUGUGAAAAAGCAACCUUGGUGUGUUCAAAUCCUGAUGGAUUUGACAACUUCCAUCACAGCAUUCAUGGUGUCAGAAGUUGGAACCAACCUGACGAUAGACAGGACAAAGAGCCUGAUGGAAGUAGCUUUGUCUUACGCUGAUUUGUUGCCAUGGUUACUGCAUGUUAAACAGGAUGAUACGCUUCAACUAAGAGCUCAAACAAUUGUUUGUUUCAUCUACCAAUGUGAAGCAUUUGACCGAAGUCCUGCUGAAUUCUCCACUGGGUUCUACAACAGUCUUGCCUCAGCUCAUGCAGACAUUGUCCCAGCACUGGUGGCUUGCUUGAUGGAAGACGCUGUAGUCAUGAAGAGACUACAAGGGAGCCUACCUGAUAGUAGAUCAGAUGAGGUAGCAGCCCGAUGGGAGGAGUUAUGUGGCAUGGCUGUGGGAGGCUUAGCUGAAUUGGUAUUCCUGCCUCUAGGAGUUGACUGCUGUGUGCAAGGCAAGCGACAGAUGGCAAAGUGUGUGGGAGCUCAGUUGUCUCUUACUAAACACAAGGAGUUAACACAUAACUACAUGAAGUUCCUGACAAGCCCUACCCUCUGUGAGAACGCACUGAAGACUGUUUACUUCACCUGCCAGGUCUCCAAGGAAUUCUGUGAAUAUCUUGCUCUCAAUCAGGAUUACAUCACCAUCCUUCUCUGGAUUCUACAAGGAAAGGUUGACAUAGAAGACAUGUAUCAGAACACUGUCUACGAGAUGACACUACAGACACUUGCUGUUAUAAUCACACAGUUGGGAGACAUACCUCAGUGCAUGGUUCAGAGCAGCGUCAUAUUUGCUGCCAUCCUUUUGGAUUCUCAAGUUGCAAGUCAGACGACCGCUGCAGCUUUGCUAGUUAGCCAGCUGCUAUACCAUGGUAUAUCCAUCGAGAUGCCAACCAAUGACUUGUUGGCUGCCGUACAUUCAGCACUUACAGAUCUCAGUCAGAUCUGUGUACGCUGCCCUUUUGACUACGGGGUACUAGACGGACUACUUCUCCUCUUAUGCCAAUUUCUUAGCGUAGGUCCCAGUGCUGUCAGCCGUCUGCUGAUAGAGUCUGGUGUCUGGCAAAUGCUGUGGCAGAGACUCUUACAGACCUUAGGAGCCCUGCCAUCCGAUGAUCUUCCUGUUGAAGAUAUGGAAGAUGAGUUAGCAGACUGUGGACCUAUUACCUCACAACCACAGUGGAAUCUUGUCUCACCAUCUGGUGUCAUGGCUGCUUUGCAGAUUGUCACCAUAGUCUUCACACAGGAGCCUUAUCAGUGCGUUCCACUGCUCUGUAAUGCUGAUGGUGUUGUCAUGCUAAGUCUGACUACACUUCUCUCCAGAGACUUCCUAGCCUCUCUGGCUGCAAGUGAGAGCAGUGAGCAGGACUUAUCUUCAAUGAUCAUAGACAUCAUUCUCAACGUAUCCCAACUCCUUUGCUUCCCAUUUGCAUUGGACACUCAUGAAAUGUUAAUGGAAGCCAUUCAGUCUAGCUUACAGCAAAGCCACGUCUUGACAAGGCUCAUCAACGCUUGUAUGUUGUACCUCAAACCUGACGAGAUGGAAGUACCAUUAGGACUAUUGUCACGAUUUGUUCUGAGCCAUGACACCUUUGUCCUAGAGUUUGCAGGAGCAGUUACCCAGUUAAAGGUUGCACCCUUCCUGAACUCCUUACUGGCCCCCAACAGUCCCCCUCAAGUCCAAGGUGAUCUUCUUAGUAUCUGCAGUCAUCUUGCCAGGAGUUCAGCGGUGCAUCUUAUGAUGUUGAAGCAGGUGCUCCAGGGAAAUAAAGGUGAUUAUGCUUAUCUUCAGUAUUUGCUAAGUAGCAAAGACAUGACGGUACAGGCCCGUGCCUGUGGCAUGCUGGGUAAUCUCAUGAGACAUUCCAACGGGUUCUAUGCUGUUCUCAAAAAGAGGGAAGAACUAGUGACUUCAUUACUGGGGUGCUUGAGCAGCCAAGAUACUGAUGUCAAAAAGGCUGCCAGCUAUGCAGUGGGCAAUGCAGCAUAUCACAGUGCUGAGCUGUAUGGCUCAUUAGCUGAUGGUAUUCCAUCCCUUGUCCAACUGCUCAUGGAUCCUCAAGGACGAACACGAUGCAAUGCAGCUGGUGCACUGGGCAACCUUGCCAGACAUUCCUCCAAACUGUGCCCAGUACUCGCCAAGCACAAAGCACCAGAAAGUUUGUUGGAGAUAGCCUGCCAUGACAAUCAACACAGUGUGCAAGAGGUGUGUUUGCUGUCUCUACGCUCAAUGGCCAGACAUUCACAGCUUACACAGGGUCUUAUCAAGCAGCACGCUAUUGAAAAACUGACCCAUUUAUCAGAGGAGAUCCAGUCUGCCGGUCCCACAACACCAGGAAGCCUAUCAUCAGCAAGGAGUGAUAGACAGAACAGUGCCAGACUACACAGCGCACGACAACAAAGUGCUCGACAAAACAGUGCAAGACAGAACAGUGCUAGGGGGAACAGUGCCUCUGUCAUAGCACAUCAUUGCAACAAGUUGAUUAUGAUGCUGAAGAGAUCGGGGAGUGCCUUGUAGAAGGGGUGGGGGAUUGCCGAGACUCUGUCCACUUGUAGGCAGAAGUAACAUACACCCUGUCUUAAGGAUAGGCAAGGUAUGAUGGAGAAAUGACAAGUGAAACCGUGCUAGGCAUGUAAGACAAGACUACAGGUAGCUGGUUGUAAAACUAGCUCCUCAGUCAUAGCAUAUCACUGCAGUCUAGUUGUAAUGAUAAAGUGGUCAUGUAUGGGUAAAGUAUGAGAGGAGAGGGGGCGUGGUUCAUGGGGGAGGGGAGUAGUGGGUCUGGAACAAGAGGUCAAUAUUUCUCCGGAAAACACACACAUACAAGCAGGAUUCCUGCUGGCAAAUUUGAAACAGCAGCCAAAGUUCCAGCUAAAUGUGCAUUUUUGCAGCCACUUGCUCUUUUCCAUGGAGUGCUAAAAUAAACCUUUAUUUGUCAACUGCUCAAAUAUUGCCAACAAUUUUAAAUGUUUGCCAUAUUGUGAUAAUGCCUACUGACAACUGAAACCCUGAAAAAGGAAUCUUAGUGUGGCAGACAUUUUAGCAAAGCCACACCUUGGCCUAAAAAUUGCCAGCAGGUCCUGCAUUCUCAAAAGUUUGCCAAAAGUCCAAAACGGAAAAAACUUCAAGCCAAUCUUAGAUAAGCUGAUUGCGACAGUACUGAUGCCUUGAGAUAAUGUAAAUAAUUACUGCAGUAGCUGCCUGAUUGUAUUUGUAAACUUGUGUGUGAGCCGUAUUUUAAUUUAUUUACAGAAAGUUAUUGUAAUUGAUUGUCUUCAGAUAAUCACCUUGUACUUUCCAUUUUUUAAAAGUGCUUGGUAUUGAUAGAAAAUAUGUUUGUACUAGCUUUUGUAAAUAUUCGCGUUAAUGAAAAAGACUGUGAAGUGUAUGUUAUUUGUGACUCGCAUGGAAUGA